UUUCAGUUCUUCAGUUCUGUAAUUAAUGGUAUUUUUUCAAAUCCACCUGUUCCAAUCGAAUGAAAACUGAGGAGAACAACAUUUAUUUAUUAAGGAUACAGAAAACAAAAGGAAGAGGAAGAGGAAUUGGAAUUGGAAUUUUGCAGAGAAGAUGCAUAAAAGCUAAGCAAGUGGAGUACUGACUACUGAGGAAGUGAGGAGUCUACAAGAUACGGAAGUAGCAGUGAAGAAAGUGGUAGAAAAUUAUAAUUAAGGUAGAAAGAAUCAUUGAAUCCAAUUCAAUAAUUCAAUCACAGCGGAGAAAAUGGCAGCGAACGUAGCGUGUUGCGGGGCAAAGUUCUCUCUCUACCUGUUGCUGAUCGUAGGACUAGUGUGCUUCGCCGGUCUGAUGGCGGGUCUCACCCUGGGUCUCAUGUCUCUCGGCCUCGUGGACCUCGAAGUCCUUAUCAAGUCUGGCCGUCCCAAGGACCGCAUCUAUGCCGCAAAAAUAUUUCCGGUUAUUAAGAGGCAGCAUCUCUUACUAUGUACGCUGUUGAUUGGCAACUCCUUGGCAAUGGAGGCUCUCCCUAUUUUCUUGGACGCGCUUGUACCCCCUUGGGCAGCCAUACUCAUAUCUGUUACUUUGAUCCUCGUGUUUGGAGAGAUACUGCCACAGGCAGUCUGUACGCGUUACGGCAUGGCGGUGGGAGCAACAUUGGCACCCCUUGUCCGUGUUCUUCUUUUGCUGUUCUUCCCCGUUGCUUACCCAAUUAGUAAGCUUCUGGAUUGGAUGUUGGGUAAGGGGCAUGCUGUCCUUUUACGGCGAGCAGAGCUUAAGACGUUUGUGGAUUUUCAUGGGAACGAGGCUGGAAAAGGUGGAGACUUAACGCAUGAUGAGACUACCAUAAUUGCUGGUGCUCUUGAAUUGACAGAAAAGGCUGCAAAAGAUGCCAUGACCCCCAUUUCCAAAGUGUUCUCCCUGGAUCUAGAUGACACUCUUGAUUCGGAGACAUUGAAUGCAAUAAUGAUGAAGGGUCAUAGUAGAGUUCCUAUUUACGUGGGGAAUCCAACUAAUAUAAUUGGACUUAUCCUGGUAAAAAAUCUGUUGACAGUUGACCCAAAAGAUGCAGUUCCUUUGAGAAAAAUGAUCAUAAGAAAAAUUCCAAGGGUUUCAGAAAACAUGCCUCUUUAUGAUAUUCUGAAUGAAUUUCAGAAAGGUCACAGCCACAUAGCUGUUGUAUCAAAGGAACUUAAUGAUACAAAAGAGACACCAAAGGAAACUAAAGAGGUGCAAAAUAUGGAGAGUAAGGUGAACAAUAAAAAGCAGAUGGCCCCACCUGAUACAACAAUGUUAAAUGAAGGUAUAACUAGGAAGGAUGGUGAUCAGAAGUUAACAAAUCGUCCCGCAGCUAUUCCAGGCUUAAAGAAGGGGCAUAGAGGUUGUUCACAUUGCAUUCUGGAUCUCGAUAAUGCUCCACUUCCAGAAAUCCCACCCAAUCAAGAGGUUGUUGGUGUAAUUACUAUGGAGGAUGUGAUUGAAGAACUUUUACAGGAGGAGAUAUUGGAUGAAACUGAUGAAUACAUUAACGUUCACAACAGGAUAAAGGUGAACAUGCAAGCAUCUCAAGGGAAAGUGCUCCAGGCGGCUUCAUCAGAAUCCAUCAUACUUUAGCACCAAUUGCCUGCACAUCUAUGCCAACAUCCCCAAUGUUCAGGAGCAACUAUAGCUCUCAGCAUUCCCCUACCUCACCUAUUCUUGUGU